UCGUAGAAGAAUUUGUUUAUUCGCAUUAUUUCGCCGUUAAACCUCGGCGGGCGUUACAAAGCGUGAUGUUUGUUACAGAAAUUAAAAUACGCGCGUUAGAGAGGUUUAAAAAUGGAGGGUAUAUAUAAAAUUAAUUUAGUCCCAAGUGAUCUGAGCGUUGAGGAGACGAUACUGCAGAUAGCAGACACUCUGGAUAAUCUCAAUGGUAUCGUAGACGAUGUAUUUGCAAGGCUGACAACACGAAUUGAACAGAACAUGGACAAGACAAUGAAACUCCACGAGAGAAUAGAGAUGUCAAGGUCGAAAGUAGAGAAGUUGACUGGCAUGCAGAAAGCAAUCAAAGUCUUCUCGAGUGCCAAGUACCCGGCCGCAAUAACUCAUGAACAUUAUCAUUCGGUUUUCGACGCAGAUGGUUACCAGCACAAACCGAAAAAAGUUACUCUGAGUGGAAAAACUCAGGGGCAGUUUAAUGAAAAGGAAUUACAGGAGAAACUCCAUUUCUACCACGUGAAAGUGGCAGAACCUAAAGACUCAAGGCCUAAACCAGAUUUCAAUUUGAAUAGCGUGAUUGAUAAACUAUCGAGUGUCGGUGACUUGCUUAUAUUUAACACUGACGAGAGUCCUUAUCUGGGCACUACUCGGCCAACGGCUGCGUACGUACCAACAGUGACCUCUAAGGUCGAGAGUAAGAGCCUACUGGAAGCGGCGCCUAGCUCCAUCGUGAACAGAGAUGUUCUGAAGCGUGAUGCGGAUGAAUAUCUGUAUGCACCAGGAAUGGGCAUGGUGCCGGAGCUGGAAAUGCCACUAGACCUUCCACAUUUACCGGGCAUAGCAGGCGACGUGCAGUUCUCAAACACUACUAACGGAUCGAUAGCCCCAUCCGUUGUAACAUCGCCAGUGGCGCAAGUUAUGCCUGUACCGGAGUUGGAACUCCCGGACUUGAAAGAAUUACAAGAUGUUAGUGGCCCAAAAGAAGAGGUGAAUUUGCCAGUGUCGGUGGUGCCUGACAUCCCUGACGCACCACCUCCACCGCCGCCUGCGCAGGCCUUACCGCCUCCACCGCCACCGCCGCCCCCUCCACCACCACCGAUGGACGUCGCGCCCCCUGUCGAUAUCCAACGGAAAGAGAAGACCCCGUCGUCGACUCCUGCACCAGCGCUUCCAUCCGGUGGCGACGCCCACUCCAACCUUAUGGCAGCCAUCCGUCAAGCAGGCGGAGCUGGUCGUGCCAAGCUCCGCUCGGCUUCAGAAUCUACACCACAAAAGGGCGGAUCAAAACCUAGCGGCGGCGAUCUGAUGGCUGAUCUCCACGCGAAGCUGUCAAUGCGACGCCGAGGCAUCUCCGGGGCGGAACGGGCGGGAGGCUCGGUCCUACACACACUGGCCAGCUACAUACCUGAACCUGACCAGUCCUCGCCUGCACGAUCAUCCAGCGACGACGACUGGGAAUGACCGGACACAGUAACUCUACGGACUGUAUUAGCUUAGUUAUUAAUAAUAACAGAACGUUAUGUAAACACAGGGAAAAUCUUAUUCUUCUGCUUUUAGACUCUCGCAAAUCUAAAUGAGAAAUGUUUCAUUGUGAAUAUGUAGCAGCGUACGAACUAAAAGCAGCCUGCAGCUCGUUAUAUCAACCUGGUACAUGUUAACAGAGUAUAAAGAGGUUCAGGCCGAAGAGACGAACGGCAUAAUUGAGCAGUUCCAUCCCUUUCUCGCAAUUUAUUCAGAAUACAAUAAUGAACAUAAUAUCAAAGAGAAAUUUAAAUAAAGUCGCUAUCGAAAUACACAGCUGUAAGUGUUCAAUUCAAAGGGUGCAACUGCACCCUUUGAAUUGACGGACAAAAAUAAACCAUAUUCUCUACGAGCCAAGCUCGAGUUUUAUACGUACAAGGAAAUGAAUACGUAUUAAGUUUAAAAUUUUCAAAGAGUAUAUUACUAUAGUUAAAAUGCGAAAUGUAAAUUUGUACAUUUAUAUAUUGGAUGUUAACAGUUAAAAAAUUCGUCAUAACCGCUUAUUUCCAAAUGCGAGUGUUUCUUCCCCGGUCCCCAAUUAGAGGAUCUCUUACGAUAAUUUUCUUGGUACUGCCAUCUGUAUGUUCUAAGUAAAAACACAUUAAUUUGUUCUCCGAAAAGUCGUUAUCGAUUGUUGGUCGUAUAAUAGGUAUAUUUAUGUCCAUUCCGUAUUAGGUUUUUAUGUUACUCUAAUCUUCAUACCUUCUCGGAAGCGGUGGGCAUACAAUUCCGAAGCGAUUAGAGCUAACCUUUACAUUGACCGCAUUCAAAUACUAACAUCGUUCUAAUUUCAGUCUAAUCAAACUGUUUUUGUUCGGCUUAUGCAACGAACACUAUCCGAUUGUUUACAUUAGUGCACGACUCGUGUUUACUUUAAGUGUUAGAAGUCGUUUCCUAAGAUUUUCCUCAAUUCCUGGUACGUGCACAUAUAUCGCCGCGUUGUUUGAAUAAUAUUCAAAUUUUUGGGAACAUUUUCCUUGUUCUAGUGUAAUUGUUGAUGUUGAAUAGCUGUUAGUGCACUAUAAAUGUCCAGUAUCGAUGUUUUAGCUCCGUUAUUAAAUGUCAUGUUUACAUAACUAAGGGUAGUGUAUUAUAUAGGUACAUAAUUAUGUCCACGCGUGGACUGAAAGCGAAAGGCUGAGUUGAUUGAUGAUAAAACAUUGUGACGUCACUAAAAUACGGUGAAUUAAAAGGAUAUAAAAUAGUGUAGCUAAAUGAGUCACUCCUUAUUAUCGAUUCAUUAUGUAACAUAAGUUAUUUACGUCAUUAUUGGCAUAAGCGGUCUAGCGGUACAACACCAUCGUCACGGCCGUCUACGUCACAACCUAACCAAACGUCGAUGUUGCAUUCUUAUAUAUUCCUAGUAUACUAUGUAAAUUCAAUUCUAAUCGAAUGCUACUAAUCUGAUAUUUACAUAUUUUCGAAAUAAAUCCUAUUUACGAAAAAUAUUUUAUAACUUAAUGUAAAUAUUUUCUAUUCUAUGUAUUUAUAACGUUUGAUCUAUUUCAAUUAUCAACUUGUAUUGUCGUUGUAUUCGUAAGAAGCCUCACAGGAACAAUCUCAUUCGUGGACGUGGUCGGCAGCAUUCCGUGAAAUUUUUAAUAGUCAAGUUCUAUUUACAAACAGAGAUUGGAAAGGGCUCUCGUUCCGGGAGGUUAUUACGAUAAUCGUAUUUCUCACUAGUGACUAUCUCGCUUUCGUUUCUAGGAAGGUGCUCGGCUACAUUAACAGUGUUCCCCGCAAACUAUCAACUGGUUCGGCUGAUUAGCAUUUCCAGAAUUGAGAAAAAGCUGCGCGUGACAGCGCUCUACUUGUUGAUGGGCUCGGGUUGAACCAUUUCUAAUUGAUACGUUAGCUACAGCUCAACACGAAAAUUAAACAAGCGCCCUAGAUCUGAACUGAGGUUAUAUUGUAUGAAGUAAUAAAUUAUUCAUGGCUGCCAGCGUCAUUCCGAGUACUGCUAAAUGUGGACUAAAGUUAUCGCGGAGGAUGGAAUCUAGGUUGUUAGGAGCUGAUUGUGAUGACUGUGCCUACCGCGACAGGUGCUAAAUAUUUACGACAUUAGGAAUGGAGUAAUGAAGUAAAAGUCUCGACGUCCAAAAUGUGUAGUGACUGCAUAGCGAGAAGUAAUGUAAGGUCAAGCAAGACUGGUUAUUGUAGCGGGGACUUGUCGGGGAAUGGUAGUGUUGACGUAGUCAGCGAUAUUUGAGACGCGGCGCCGCGCACUGUGUUUAUUGGCAAUGAGUGAUAUUACGCAUAUCCACAUUGCCCAUUGCCAAUGUCCGCGCGUGCUCCGCUGUACUGUCCGGUGCAGUGCGUCACAAUACAUUGAAUUUCUUCACAUUUAUGAAAUUUAUACGUAGCUCAGAUUUUACACGCCGUUUCAAGUUUAUUGUUAUACCUCUAUUAAAUGUUGUUGUAAACCAAUUGGAAAUCGUAAAUGUUUUAGCACUUUAUACUUAGUAAUGAUUAAAAAAUAUAAUGUAAUAAUUGGGGAAAAGUCUUAACGUAAUAAAUACGUACGUACGUAGGUAGGACAUGGUUGACAUCUAACGGUUUUAUGGAAAGAACCCACCCAAACGUUAGCUUACUUGUUGCUAUUUUGGUGAACGUUAUAAGGUUUUAAUUAACUGUUCGUUUCUAAGAAUGUAAUUAUAUUAUUUGCGAUCUAAACGUUCUACAGAGAUGUGGAGAAUGGCUAAGGGGCUUUGAUACGUAAGAACAACGUAUAGACGUCUGAUUAGAAGCAAAACACGUAAGGUAAUUUAGGCAGUAGGCCUAUUCUCGUGCUUCACACACCUGUGCUGCAUCCCUGCACGUGACGUGGGUUUGUUAUUUGAGAAUUAGGUAAAAUGGCGGCGUGGUGUGUCGCUUCAUUUUGUUUUGGAAAUCAGUAUGCGCCGGAGACGCGUGCUACAAACAGUUAUUCAUAUGAAGUAGCCGUUAACUCCAAUUCAUUGCGACCACGGAUUAGGGACGAUCCCAACCAACUAGCCGCUUCGUACCAUACACUCAAUUAAAACUAAUAAUAAGUAAUAAUAUUAUAACAGAUUAGGAAAUCAAUUCAAUUGACGCCUGCUUUAAUAUUGUACGCAGAAUGUUUGUACGACAUUUUUCAUAUGUUAAGCAAACGUUUUAACGAAUAGUUAGAGUUGUUAAGUUUCACAAUACAGUCAAUCAAUUAAUGUUUAUCGGUGGACGUUAUAAAUAAAUUAAAAUUGUUAUUUUCCGGGACCACGUGGCGGUAUUCAAAAAGAAUUCAUAUUCACUUAAAAGAUAAUUGUCCUUUAACGAGUAAUUGGUAUAGCGACCUUAAUACCUUUAUGGAAUAAUCCCUGUGUUAGUUAUGGAAGGCGUGCUUCGAAUAAUAUGUUCGUUAUUCACGUUAGAAUUUGAAUCUUAUUGUUAAAGCAAUACGAUGUACAAUAAUGUCGUAGUGUUAUAGUGUUGGGUUAUGAGUUCCGUUGAAAUUUAUCGUGCCGCUUGCGCUGUUGGUAAUACAUACUUUAUAAAAAAUAAUUAAAAGUAAUAUUUGUUUAAGUGUUACUGUUGUACGAAAUGGUAGUAAAAUCACAAUAAAACAAACAUCGACAUGAUCCUUGGUGCUUUAAAAAAUGAAAUUAAAUAGUUUGUAAAACUAUUGUAGUCGUGAAGUGUCUGGAUAAUGUGAAUGCUGGAUAAGAAUUGGUAUAUCUUUUUAGGGGUGGCAGUGGUUUUACUUAUCUUGCAAUUAUUAUAAUCGUGGAUAGUUUUGGUGUCAUAAGGAUGGCAUUGUUUUCGUCUUCUGAUUGAGUUUUGUCUAUCUGCAUAUAAUCGUGUCGAGUCUACGUUGUCGUAAUAUUCCGUAAGAGCUUAAAAGCCGGGUCUUGCCUGUUACACGUCAGACCUCAAGCGAUCGUUCUGUGCGAUUUCCUAUAGUUAUAAAUUAGGUAUGUAAGUGUAAACCCGGAUAUUGCUUUUCGAACUUGGAACUAGAGUCGAUACGAAUUGAAAGUUUACUAGCUAACUUCUCAAAGUGCAAACAACGCUUGUUGUUUCAGUCUGUAGCGUGCAUAGAGUACACAGCGCUAAAAUAUAAAAUAGUUCAAAUUUUACUUGGAAAGUAGUCGAGUCCAUUUUAUAAUAGAAUUCAUUUUGUAUCGAUCCUCUUUCAAUCGGAAAGUUUGAUAAUUUAGACAGAAUUGCACAGUUACGUCAGAGAUUAUGUAAAAAAAAUAUAUAAAACGCAGCUGUCCGUGUGUGGGUGCUUUACGUAAUGCCAUUGUUUUAGCUUAUUUUAUUAUAUUAAAGUUAAGUUUUAUCCGCCAAUAUUGUACGUAGGUGUAAAACCGCAUAGCAUGCAAGCUUAGGGCUAUUGCACUAUAAAAACAGGUUUUCUAAUGAAGAAUGUAAAAUAAAAACGACAUUUUAUUACUUAAUUUUUAUAAUUAGGCGAUAAUAUUAAAUAGGGCACGGCUGCAGACGUGUCUGUGUGGCGUGUGUUAAUUGAAUGAGUACCCUCGCGGUCGAUGUCUAAUGUCUUUAGUUUCACCUCUAAUGGUUGCUAUUCACAGUGAUGUAUUGCAAACACAAACAAACAUUAAGAUAAAUGACAUCAUUUACUAAAUGCACGCAUAAUUAAAUUGCAAUUCCUCCUAACUAUCCGUUUAAUUCAUUAGAAUAAAUAAUUGAAAAACAUGAAACCUGUUUCUUAAUGAACCUCCGGCAUAGACAUCGACCCGACUCUAGAAUAAGACUGAAAUCACAGAUAAAUAAUAUUUUGAAAUUAAAUCAUUUUAAAAUCAAAUGUAAAAAGGUUGGAUGGGUAAGAGUAAGUGCAUACGGCCCGCUAACUUGUAAGCAAGCGUUUAAAGAAAUCUGAAUAGUUAUUAAGUUUGAAUGGAUUCCGACUAACUUGUGUAGCUUAUCGGCGAAAUAAAUUAAAAACUAUGUUGAUAUUAUAAUGAAUUUAACGAAAUUAUGUAUAUAGGUAUAUAGAUUUUAAUGUAGAUGUUUUUAAUUGUAUAAAAAACUGUUAGUGUAAUAUUUUAUUAUGUACGAUUGACGGCAUUGCACAGUGAGACGUUUUGUUGAUCACCCGUUUGUGGGAAUGCACCUAAACAAAUUUCAAGUGGGUCUUGCAUAAAAAGCGUAUCGCAUCUUGCAACCCUUGCAGGUACAUCAACCAAUUUCCAUCUCUAUUGCUUUCAACUUAGCAGUUGUUUUGGCAAAAUAUUUUUUCUUUUUUUAUUCUUGAGUCUAUCACAUAAAUUUCGGAGUUGGUUGAUGAAGCUGCAAAAACUCAGAUGUGCUAUGUUGCGCACUCCAAACGUUUUUAUAAACAUAACGUGUCAAUGGUCAGUGCCGUCCUUAGUGAUACUUGCCUUCAUAAUUUUGUUUAAGUUUUGACUGACUGAUUUAAAUGUUCACGUGUUAUAGUUUAUAGUGACUUUUUUACACUCCAUACAUUUUUUUAAGUCAAUGCAAAUAUUUUUUUUAAACUAUUUAGGUACAACAAUCAAUAGUCAACUACAUAUUUUUAAGAUGGAUUAGUGUAAUUUGUUUAAUGAUAACAAUGUUAAGUCACUAAUUUAUUUGCAGCGAAUAUUUACAGUAGAAAUGUUUGUUACUAUAGAAGUAUAUUGUUUGUCCUGUAUCGAAUCCGUGUAAAGCACUAAUCCGUCUCAUAGCUGUAACGUGUAAAUAUAAAGUCGGUAUAAUGUAACUGUUCACUGGAUUGUAUCACGUUGUCAUUUAUACGUACGUUUGUUGUAUGUGGAUUUUACAUGUUACGAUGUAUGGUAUAUUCAUUCAUUAAUUAUAUGUAUAAUGAAAUUUUAAAUAUCU